AAGAGAAUCUUGAAAAGGGAUACAUAUUACAUACUCAUCAAGCAACCCAAUAUACUUGCUACCUUUUUAUUAAACACACAUAUAUAUAUAUAUAUAAAAGAGAAACAAAAUAUUGAUAAACAAACAAGUGGUGACUAAAGGGUGGCAGAGGGGGUUUCCAAGCCAUGGAAGAAAUGGUGGUGGAAGCUCUCCUCUUUGGUGAUAGACAAGCACAACUCCUUGCUGCAAGACAACUUGCUCAAUUUUCCAGCAAGCAAAGGCACAAAAUAGCCGAAAAAGGCGUUGUUCCUCCAUUGAUUUUGAUGAUGAGUACUAAUGAUUGUGAAGUUAUUGAAGCUGCACUCUUUGCUCUCCUUAGCAUAGCAUUUCGCAGUGAAAGGAACAAGAUACUCAUAGCAAAGUCAGGGGGUAUAACAGUGUUAUUAGAUGUAAUUCAAUGCGAAAACAAGUUGUUAGUAGAGCUAGGAGUGGCAUUUCUCUUGACCCUCUCUUCUUGUGGUUCAAACAAGAUGGCAAUUGCUUCAUUUGGGGCUAUCCCAAUUCUACUUGAAUUGUUAAAUUCACAAUCCUACAACAACAUGAGCUUCCAAGCUAAUUUGGAUAUCUUGUCAACACUUCACAAUCUUUCAACUUGCAAUCAGCUCAUCCCUUCCAUUGUUUCAUAUGGAGGGGUAGCUACCUUGAUCCGACUAGUCAACCUUACCUCGGAGUUGGUAAUGGAAAAGGCUGUGGUGUUGCUAGAGAAUCUUGUUUCUUCAUCAAGAAUUGCACUAGAGGAGGCUGCAAGAACAGAGGGAGCAAUCCAGUGUUUGGUGGAGGCCAUGGAGGAAGGUUCAAGACAAUGUAAAGAACAUGCAGUGGCAAUUCUACUCCUAAUAUGCGAUAGCUGCAGAGACAGAUACAGAGGAAUGAUCUUAAGGGAAGGAGCAAUGGCAGCAUUGCUUCAGUUGAGCGUUGAUGGGACAAGGAGAGCGAGAGACAAGGCCAAAAGACUGCUUUUUCUUCUAAGAGACUGCUCAAAUUGUGGCCAAACGACUAAACAGAAGAAGAAUAUUGUGUUAUUUGAGCAAAUUAUGAGACAGAUUGAACAAGUAGGAGAACCAGAAGGGAUGUCAGUUGCUAACUUAGAGGAAAUGAUUUCAAAACUUAGAACAUGACAUUUUCAUGUGAUAGAUGUUCAAGUUGUGUUGAUAGUAGCAGUAGAAUCAUUUGCUUUCCGAGUUUUGGAAAGGGGUAAAGGAUUAAUCCUAUUAGAUCAUAAUAUCUGCACAAACUUAUAGGGUUUAGAUAGUUUCUUGCACUACAGUACUAUUUUACUAUUUUGCUAAUAUUGAAGUUUUAGUGUUGAAAUAUUAGUUUGAUGAAUAUAUCAAA